AUGGCGAGUCAGACACAGGGAAUCCAGCAACUACUGGCUGCUGAAAAACGUGCUGCUGAGAAAGUCUCGGAAGCGAGAAAGCGAAAAGCAAAACGCCUAAAGCAGGCCAAGGAAGAGGCUCAAGAUGAGGUUGAAAAGUACAGACAAGAGCGCGAGAGACAAUUCAAAGAAUUCGAGGCCAAGCACAUGGGCACAAGGGAAGGUGUAGCAGCCAAAAUUGAUGCUGAGACCAAAGUCAAGAUCGAGGAGAUGAACAGAAUGGUACAGCAGAAACAAGAGCUGGUAAUUAAGGACAUCCUCAACUUGGUUUAUGACAUCAAGCCUGAGCUCCAUGUGAACUAUCGCUUUGAUUAA